GGUCACCCAAGUGGGAGGAGGGGUCUGGAUCCUGGAGAGGGACUGAGUAGGGUCAGUGAGUCAUGUGUGUCCCCUGGGACUUCAGCCAGGCCCAGCUCCUGGACAGUAUCCUAGGGCUGGGGGCACUAGGAGUGACAAUUCGAACCGUCUUCUCAAAGGCUGGCCUAGCCCUGCUGCUCCUGUUGCUGGCCAGCUUCCUUGUUUUUGACCUGCUCUAUGGGCCCACAGGUGCCAACCUGCCACGACACAGACUUCUCCCAAUGGGUCAGAGCCAGGGGGCUGGUGAAGGCCCAGGACAGCAAGCAGCUCCUCUCUCUCCAACAAGGAUGGCCUCGGGACUGCUCAGCCUGCAGGAUGCGCUGCUCCUGCUGCUCCUGGGCCUGAGCUUGUUCUUGGGAGGCUCUGGUAUACCCUUAGCCAUGCUGGGCCUAGCUUUCUGUAUCCAUCCUUGGGCCUGAGGGCCCUCCUAAAGCUGAAUGCCUACUGAAAAUACAACAUCCAAUCUGCUCUCU